GCUACCGGUAAAACAAAAUAAUUCCCGCGUUCAAGUUUCGCGUAAACCAAAAUUUUAAUUAUUAAAUUUUGAUUAUUAAUUAAAACUAAAACGAAAAAUGGAAGCUGGUAAAUUUGUGACAUUUAAUUGUGCCGGGAAAGUUAAUUUAAAUGACAGUAACUUGAGCAAAAUUGCGGGACUUAUGAAACAGCAAUUAGAUGAUAAUUGCAACGAGUUUAAAUUUCAGGUUAUCGAUGACCGGGUCCUGCUGUUCGAUUACGAUCUGCCAGGAGCUUCUGCUAUUUUUUAUCUGAAGCCGCUAAUCGAAUGCGUAGAGAUCAAUUUGAGAAUUUUAAUGAGAUACGAAAAAUACAACGCGCGGAUUCUAGACCAGGGUGAUGAUGAAACUGAAAAAAAUAAUUUGUACGAGAUCAGGAAAUCAAUUUGUAAUUUACUGGAUUACGUCAUCAGAUAUAUCAGCAGCAUUGGAGCUGAGUGGAUCAACAUGGAGAUGAAUCAGCUGCUAAAUUUCCAAGACGUCGAUAAAAUUUUACUGGUGAUAAAGAAAUUCAUCAGUAGACUGAGGUCCAGUGUACCCGCGAGUAUUUUUCAUUACGCGGUUUCAAAUAUCGGUAACCAGUGCAACCAACCGGAGUUCCAUCUGUAUCACAUGCACUUGGAACUGCGCUGGUUAAUUAUUUUAUUCACUUACGUACGAGCUGUCAAAUUCAACGCGAUAAUGGACACGCUGGUAAAUGACUUCAGCAAGACAAUUGAACUGGUGAUUGAUGACCUGGUCUACGUUUCAUUAAAAAUAUUUGAGCGGGUAAAUUGCAGCGAUUUGAAAUUCAAAACUCCGUACAGUUGCACGUGCGCAAGAGAGUUGUGGCUGAUGAUCCAGUUUGUCAUCGAGGAUCACAACAAAUUUGAAUUGUCCACGUUCUGGGACUACGUUAAUUCCGCGCUAGAUAAAAUUCAACAGACGGUAAAAAUAGAAUUGUUUAGUGUCUGGUUAAUUUAUCAUUUAGCGCAACUCCAAGGCUACAGUAGAGAUGGAAUUUUUGAUGGUCCCGAGAGCGGAAGAGUGGCAGCGAAUUAUGAAAAAAUAGACCGGGUGCUUCGAGGAUUUUCACGUCAGCCAGAUGACGUCGACGAAGAACUUCGAGUUGUCAUUCCAGUUCUGAAGAAACUUACGACUGACUGGUGGCCGUUUAAAAUAAUGAUCAUCAACAAUUUGUGGGAAUGCUUCCAUCGGAGGCUGGACCAGCCGUUCCUGACCUCCCAGGGUCUCUGGUCAGUAUCAAUGGACAGAAAAACUCCUGCUGAUAUGCUGAGACAAGUGAAGGAAAGGAUUGAAUGCGCGUCGAAAGAUCAGGCGGAGUCCAGUUACGGGAUGUUUUUAAAUUUUCUGGGCCACGUGCUGAAGCGCAGCCACGAGCAAGCUGUCGGCGGGAGAAAAUCAAACCACUGGAAUCAAGUAAAAGGGCGGAUUUGUUCGAAAUUUACUAGGAGCAAAGUCCAGGAGUUCAAUGAAGCCGCGUUAGUUAAUUUUAUUUCGCUUUUUUUAACCCUGGCAGUCACGACUGCUGACACUGCGAACGUCUGCGCGAUAAUGCUGGACCUUUUGCCACCAGUUCAUCAUCAGCAGCAGCAGGAAGAUGAAAAUUUACGGAGACGUAUUCUGCUGAGCUGGAAGGGGCAGCUCUGUGUCCUGCUGGUUUACAUGGAGAAUAAUUUGAACUUGCAGCCGGUUGCUGAUAGGUACAUCCAAGUAGUCAAUGUCAUUUGCUGCAGGCAUGACGAGCUGGCCAGGACGAUGAUGUCCACGUUCAUUGACACGCUGGCAACGCUGAUUACGGUCAGCGAGAAACUUGAUCACGGAGAGCACAACUUCAUUGGGGGCUGGAUCGAUCGUUACUUGCGCGAGUGUCCGAAGAACAAGGUCCCGGUGCUGCUUAAAAUAAUUCAGGAUAUUUUGAACAAGCUGUCGUUGAUUGACAGCAAGGACAAUAACAUGCUUGCUGCGCUGAUGGUAAAUGUCGUCGGGUGCGUUCGCACGAUGGUAUUUUCAGCAGCCGGUAAUUACUAUCAAGAAAUCGCUGGACUUGCUGUGGGAUUUACUGUCCAGGCAUCCAGGAACAGAGAAACCGCAGAAGCGAAUCGUCAAGAAGCCCCGUCGCUUUUCAUUCACUUCACCUCGACCCUCAAAGUAAAAGACGCCCGGAUCAUCAGCUGCUACUUGGCUUCCGUUCUGAAUAAUCCUGAGCUGGAGCCUUUGAGGGAAAUUAAAAAUUUUAAUUUGCUUGUGACCCAGGCCUGGCUCAAGUGCUGCAUCCAUGGUCAGGAUUCAUCAGCCGUCAGCGAAAUUAAAACAAUAAAACGUUUUGUUGUUGAACUAGAUGAUUUCAAAAAUUUAUUUAAUCAGCAGGACAGAGAUAAAUUCGUUGAAAAUCCCGAGUCGUUGAUCAGCUGGACCAUGGCGCUGGCCAACAGACGUCGGGCUCUUGAACAAGACUCGGAAAUCACGGCUCUGGAUGUCAAGACUCGGGCAGUCUUGGGUAAUCUUGACAAGUGGGUGCUGACACCAAUAAGACCCGAUACUCAGGACAGUGAACUGUCUUGGUGGAUAUACAGAUGUCUGGGUACGAUAUUUUUGUGCUGUGGCGCAAUGCUGCACACGAAAACUCAUGCCAGCAUGCUGCUAAAUUACAUAAAUAAAUUUGUGAUACUCAAGAAUAAAGAGGACGAGUAUCUUCGACAUCUGGCCAAGAAAAUAUUUUCGAUGGUCGUGCUGGGACUGGAGUCUGCUAACGCGAAAAAUGACGUGACCCUUUUCAACUUGACAUCCGAAUUAUUACAAACAUACUUGCCGCUGCUUGUCACUGAGAACCCACCAGACAAAAGCUUCCGUGUAUCCGAAUCACUGACCCGGUGCUUCACCGACACCGCCGCUGAUUUCUGUAAAUUUAUCAUCGAAAAAUUGUCAACACUUUUGAAAAUAUCAUCAGAUAAUUCACUGCACAAAUACUGCUACCUGGUGAUGGCUCUUAUCAGCAGUCUCCUGGAAAUUUCCGUGUCCCAAUCGAAAAAAUAUAUCACUGAGUUCAUCGUGUCCCGGUGCACGGGUCAUAUUAUUGAAGCUUACAUUCGUCUUCAUGAACAUCAUCCCCACAAAUCUCAGACAAUUAAAUUUAUCAAUAAUGUGUGCGCUAAUUAUUAUUAUAAACACGAUUCAAAUUUGAGAGAUAAAUUAUCAAAUACGAUUGCGACGACUUUGAUAAAUUAUUUGCUGUCAAAUUCGCUGGCUACUUGGGAAAUCGUACAGUCAAUAAACACACAUGAUUUAAAAAUAAAAAUAAUUACAGAAGUACAACAGGGUAUUGUUAAAUUACAAAGAAAUUGUCAUCCUCAGAAUGCUAAAUCACUCAGAGAACUGUCAAUUAAACUCACAGACCACGUGAAAAAAAUAAAUGAAAAAAUUUAAUUAAUUGAUUAAUUAUUUGUACUGUGAUUAACG